UGGAGGCUUCCCUGAUCUCUUUGGGGUCCCUGGCUCCAGAGACCACUCUUCCCAGCUCAGCUCAGCACCUCCUCACAGCCACAGCAGCCACCUUGAGAUCUCUACGCUGACCAUGUUUUCUGUGUUUGGACUCUCUGUCCCCAUCUCGGCCACAGAGCUUCUCCUGGCCUCCGCCAUCUUCUGCCUGGUAUUCUGGGUGGUCAGGGCCUGGCAGCCUCGGAUGCCCAAAGGCCUGAGGAGUCCACCAGGGCCCUGGGGCUGGCCCCUGCUCGGGCACGUGCUGACCCUGGGGAAGAACCCACACCUGGUGCUGUCGCGGCUGAGCCAGCGUUAUGGGGACGUGAUGCAGAUCCGCAUUGGCAGCACACCUGUGCUGGUGCUCAGUGGCCUGGACACCAUCAGGCAGGCCCUGGUGCGGCAGGGCGAUGAUUUCAAGGGCCGGCCUGACCUCUACAGCUUCACUCUGAUCUCUGAUGGCCAGAGCAUGACCUUCAACCCAGACUCUGGACCAGUGUGGGCUGCCCGCCGGCGCCUGGCCCAGAACGCCCUGAAGAGUUUCUCCACCUCCUCAGACCCGACUUCCUCAUCCUCCUGCUACCUGGAGGAGCACGUGAGCAAGGAGGCUGAGUACCUCGUCGGCAAGUUCCAGGAGCUGAUGGCAGGGGUUGGACACUUCGACCCCUACAGGUAUGUAGUGGUGUCAGUGGCCAAUGUCAUCUGUGCCAUGUGCUUUGGCCGACGCUAUGACCACGAUGACCAAGAGCUGCUUAGCCUCGUCAACCUGAAUAAUGAGUUUGGGGAGGUGGCUGCCUCUGGGUUCCCGGCAGACUUCAUCCCUAUCCUCCGUUACCUGCCCAACUCUGCCCUGGAUAUCUUCAAGGACCUGAAUGAGAGGUUCAACGUGUUAAUGCAGAGGAUGGUCAAGGAACACUACAAAACAUUUGUGAAGGGCCACAUCCGGGACAUCACAGACAGCCUGAUCGAGCACUGUCAGGACAAGAAGCUGGACGAGAAUGCCAAUAUCCAGCUGUCAGACGAGAAGAUCAUUAGUGUCGUCUUUGACCUCUUUGGAGCUGGGUUUGACACAGUCACAACUGCCGUCUCCUGGAGCCUCCUAUACCUGGUGACAAGGCCCAGCAUGCAGAAAAAGAUCCAGGAGGAGCUGGACUCAGUGGUUGGCAGGGCGCGGCGGCCCCGGCUCUCUGACAGACCCCAGCUGCCCUACAUGGAGGCCUUCAUCCUGGAGACCUUCCGACACUCCUCCUUCCUCCCCUUCACCAUCCCCCAUAGUACCACAAGAGACACAAGUCUGAGUGGCUUUUACAUUCCCAAGGGGCGUUGUGUCUUUGUGAACCAAUGGCAGAUCAACCAUGACCAGAAGCUGUGGGGCGACCCAUCUGAGUUCCGACCAGAACGGUUUCUCACCCCCGAUGGCACCAUCGACAAGGCACUGAGUGAGAAGGUGAUUCUCUUUGGUUUGGGCAAGCGGAAUUGCAUUGGUGAGACCAUUGGCCGCUUGGAGGUCUUUCUCUUCCUGGCCAUCCUGCUGCAGGAGGUGGAAUUCAGCGUGCCACCGGGAGUGAAGGUGGACACGACUCCCAUCUAUGGGCUGACCAUGAAGCAUGCCCGCUGCGAGCACUUCCAGGUGCAGGUGCGCCCCUAGGGGGCUGAGAACCCUGUAGCCUAGACUCUGUCUACCUGACCUGCCUGGGCAGCCCAGCCAGGGGGCUGGCCUAGGGGGCUCUAAUCUUUGGCCCGAAACCCACAGAUAUUGGUCUGGCUGAUUUUUGCUGUCUGGGCUUCAGGCAAGCCUGAAGGAUCGUGCCUGCCCCCCCACCCUGGACUUGCCCCUCUGCAUACUGACCACAGACAGUGGACACAGCAGGGCCCACACAGGAGCUGAUGGAGCCUUCUGAAGUUGUGCUUGAGCUAGGAGGACUGGUAGGGUUAGGAGAUCCUCAGGCCUCUGGAA